UCCUGACACACAUAAUGAAGCUGGAAGAACCUCAAAUAAAAUCAAAAGCUGUCCAGCAUCCCCAGCUGAUCCCUUGGGUUUUCGCUGUUGUUUUCAUCUCACUCCUCAGUGCUUGCUUUAUCACAAGUUGUUUCGUGACUCAUCGCUACUCUUUACAUGGGAAGAGAGGAGGAGGGACGAAGUUAUAUGACUACCACACAAGGCUAACGUGCAUCCGGGAGGAGCCGGAGGCGGGAGCUACAGGAGGUACCUGGACCUGCUGCCCUGUCAGCUGGAGAGCCUUCCAGUCUAACUGUUACCUUCCUCUUAAUGACAACCAGACCUGGCAUGAGAGCGAGCGGAACUGCUCAGGGAUGGGCGGUCAUCUGGCGACCAUCAACAUGGAAGCAGAACAGAACUUUGUGACUCAGUUUUUGGAUCGACGAUUCUCCUAUUUCCUGGGACUUACCAAUGAGAACAUGGAGGGUCAGUGGCAGUGGGUGGACAAGACGCCAUUUAACCCACACAUGGUGUUCUGGCAAGAUGGUGAACCCAGCAGCAUCAUGAAAGAAAACUGUGUUGUCCUUGCUUAUGAUCAAGAUAAAUGGGCCUGGAAUGACUUUCUUUGUCACCUUAAGGAGAGAAGGAUUUGUAAGCUACCUGGAGCAACAUUCAUUUGGAAGCCCUUAAAGUGA